AUGAUAACGAGGAAUAACGCCACCGCCGAUAACUUACUUCCCCUAUCAGACCCUGAAGCCAUCCUCAAAGCCGGGAACGCCGAAAAACGGCGCAUCAAACAAACUUCCAACAGACUGAUCGCCCCUCUUCCCCCUGUAUCGACUACAUCGAUCGAGACCAUGUCGGACGCAGUUCCUCCACCCGGCGGCCAUGAACAACCGGCCGCCGAUUCCACCCGUGAUUCCACCCGCACCGCCGACGGAUCCGACAUGAGCACGGCCAAAGAGUGGUUCAAGGCCGUGCUCAAGAUCCAACAUGCAGCUAUCUCCCAGGCUCAGGAAGACCGCCGCCAGGCCUUAGAAGACCGUCGAGCAGAUCGGCAAAUUUUUCUUGCCGCUCAUCAAGCCAGCGCGGAUCGCAUUGGCCGAUUGGAGGACCUCCUUCUUGCGAUGAAUAUCAAGAACAAGGUCAGCGCACGAACUGAACACCCAGCGGCUGGUCGAGUUGACUUGCAGAAAUUCCGUACCUCCGACGGCCCAACUUACCGCGGACCGUUUCAAGAAACAGAACCUUUCUUGCGCUGGAUCCACGGUGUCCAGAUUUUUUUUGAAACAAAGAGUGUCAGCAAUGCGACUGACAAGAUCAAGAUCCUCGGAAACCUAGUGGCGGAGACUAACCUGCAAUCUUUCUAUGCGAACGAAGCGUCGGGCUUCCUCAACAAAUCCUGGGAAGAGUUCAAAACACGAAUGUUCGAUUUCGCCCUCCCUAAUAAUUGGCGCUCCGGACUCCAACGCCAAAUCCGGAAAUUAGAUAUGUCGUCGGCCGAAACAUUCCUGGAAUACAGCACACGGGCUCGAACCUUACAAAGUUUAUUCAAUUUUGACGCCGAGAAGUUCUCCAAGCUCGGAGACCUCCAGCUGGCGCAAUUCGUUGUGUAUGGUCUGCCCGAUGCUCUGCAAGAUAGGAUCAACGAGCGCCAGCUCCUGGAGGCAGCCCCGUUUGCGUACGGACAAUUCGAGAAACAGGCAAACGCGUCAUUCCUUGCGUUGCAUCGCCCCACGGAAUCACCACCGGUGGUUAGGUCGACCCCCAAUGCGCCUCCAACGCUAGGCCGGGACGAGUUCAUAUGGCAAGUCCAUGCGUACUUGGACUCGCAAGGACGCUGCCAUUUCUGCAAGAAGCACUGCGGCAACGCUGCAGGAGCCUGCCCUGGCCCAAUCGACCGCUCACAUAUCAACAUCCCCAGUAACUUUCAAACUCCAACCAAACCACUUGACUACGUGGCCCCCCGCGCAUGGAGUAAACCAGCCGCCGGCCCCGGACAAUCAUUGCAACCUCCGGCCGGCCGACCCCCAGCUCGUGCAGCCAGUGUGGCAGGUGUUGCGGAAGUAUCACCGCUUGAAGCUCAUGUCGCCGGGCUGACUGUUGAUGCGGCGAUUAGAGAAGACGCACGCCUUGACCACGAAUUCGAUGAUGAAGGCUGUUUCCCAGUCCUAGGUACUGCUGCCGUGGCUGCACUUGAAGACCUCGAUACACAACUUUUACAAAAUGAAAUUGACCGGGCUACCCAAGCUUCUAGCGGUUGGACGGGUAACUUAGCGGAUGACAUUGCGGGAUAUUGA